AACCCCCCUCGACCCGGAGAAGAAAACAAUCUGCCAUCUCAGUCACACGAGAUAUCUUCUAUCUCUUUCUUUUCUCCAAAAAACAUAUUUCAAGAUGGGUAUCCUCGAAAAAAUAGGCGAAAUUGAAAAGGAAAUCGCUCGUACGCAGAAGAAUAAAGCCACGGAGUACCAUCUGGGUGUCCUAAAGGCGAAGUUAGCCAAGUACAGGACACAACUUCUAGAGCCUCAGGGGAAGAAGGGAGAAAAAGGAGAAGGCUUCGAUGUUAUGAAAAGUGGAGAUGCACGUGUUGCACUUAUCGGUUUCCCUUCAGUGGGCAAGUCCACACUGCUGAGCACCCUAACCAACACUCAGAGUGCAGCUGCAUCAUAUGAGUUCACGACGCUAACUUGCAUCCCAGGAGUCAUUGAUUACAAGGGUGCCAACAUCCAAUUGCUUGAUCUUCCAGGUAUCAUUGAAGGAGCCUCACAGGGCAAGGGUCGAGGCAGACAGGUCAUUGCAGUAGCGCGCACUGCUGAUCUUGUUAUCAUGAUGGUGGACGCUACUAAAGCUGCAAAUCAAAAAGAACUCUUGACUGCUGAACUGGAGUCUGUUGGCAUCAGGCUCAACAAGAAUAAACCUGGAAUCUAUUUCAAACAAAAGAAAGCGGGUGGCCUGAAAUUCAACGCCACGUGCGCUCUCACUAGGAUUGAUGAGAAGAUGGUACAGAUGAUUCUACAUGAAUACAAGAUUUUCAAUGCUGAGGUUAUAUUCAGGGAAGAUUGUGGGGCUGAUGACUUGAUUGAUGUGAUAUCUGCCAACCGUGUUUACAUGCCAUGCCUCUAUGUCUACAACAAGAUCGAUCAAGUGUCCAUUGAAGAAGUUGAUAGAAUUGCUCACACGCCCAAUACUGUGGUGGUUAGUUGCAACAUGAAGUUGAACCUUGACUACCUGCUUGACCGUACGUGGGAGGCUCUCUCCCUUCUGCGCAUCUAUACCAAGAAGCCUGGAAGAGGACCAGACUUCUCUGACCCCAUCAUCCUACGAGGAGGAGCUUCAGUGGAGCACGUAUGCCACUCUAUCCAUCGGUCAAUUGUAGCUGUCUUCAAAUAUGCUCUUGUUUGGGGGAGGAGUACAAAGUUUAGUCCCCAGCGUGUUGGUAUACAUCACAUUAUGACUGAUGAAGAUGUUAUUCAGAUUGUUACCAAGAAAUAGACAAGUUGCCGUUAGAAUCUGUUAUAACCAUUUAUUGUUAAGGAUAUCAUGUAUGUUAAAUAUUUUGGCAGUUCUAAAAUGUUUUGAUCUUUAAUAAAGAAAAAAAAAAAAGGUAAUUGGAAUAUCAGUUAUUUGUCAUGAAUUUUUUUUUUUUUUUUUUUUAUACAUUUUAUUAUCUUUUCUAAAAAAAAAAAUAUUAUAAUUAUCAUUAUUUUUGUUUCCUUGUGAUGAAAUCCAUCAGGAAUUCAUGUUAAGAAACAAUGUGAAGCAUUGGUUGUUACUUGCUUCAUUGUCAUCAUCACCCUCAUCAUCAUAUCAUCUUAAUCAUUUGUGACAAUUACAAUACAUGGUUCCCACAAGGAAAAAUGUAUCAGUUCACUGUUAUUAAAUCCAAUCAGCAGUUUUGCAAAACAAAACAAAACAAAAAAGUAAUCAACGCACAGGAUAAUCUUGGCUUCGUGUAUUCAUUAUUUUUCUAAAAAUAAAUUAGAUAAGAAUUAGGGAAGGAAUAGUGGUACACAACAGCUUUACAGGUUUGAGUUUGUAAACAUAUGCUGCAGGCAAGUUAUGUGGGUCUUUUAGCUCCUGAGAGAGAUCCUGGGUUUUUCCUCAUAGUGAGACUAAUGGAAACAGCACCAAUAAAGGGUGCAAGGAAAUCUAAUAGUCAAUUUUCUUUCCUUCCUCACUAUUUAAGAGUGUAUCUAAAUCUCAGUGUCUUGUUUUUGUAUACAAAUUUUGUAUCCUCUUUUCAUGUGCAGAAAAAGUAAGAAACGUAUUUUGUCAUAUCAUUGAUGAAAUAGGAGUUUUAUCUGUGAUAGGGAAGAAUUACUGAUUUUUUUUUUUUUUUUUUUUCCCCCCCACUAGCAUGCUGAUACUUAAUCUAACAAAGAAAAUGAGACUGCCAUUUUCCGUGAUGUUUGAUUAAAGAUAGUAGAGUUAGUGUAUGCAGAAAAACAUAAAAGACUAUUGCUCAUUAACCUGUUGUUGCUGGGGAUGGUAUGUAUGUACAUGCCAUGUCCAGUGUGAUUUUCGUUGAUACUAAGUCACCAAUUAGUCAAUUACUAGUCCUCUCUAUCUCACCUGUUUAUCCUUUUCCUUGAAUUUUGCAUUUUUUUCUAUUAGUUAAUAAUUAUGUUUAUAAUAUUAAAUUAAUCAUUAUGACAGUAAUAACAAUAACAUUAUCAAUAUUAACACCAAUAUAAGACAUAUUUUUUCCAAACCUCAAGGAAAGGAGAAAUCAUGUCAUGUAGGCCUACUGAUUGACCCUUUGGUGUCUGAGCAUUUGUGAAGCCAUCAAUGUGUAAAGGCAUUUUACAAAACAAAGCUACAAUGGAUAUUACAUGUUCCUGGCAACAAUGGGUAAAAUAUAGAAGCUUAUUUUUAGACAAAUACAAAUACAAACAGGAAUGGCAAAUGACAAAAGCUGUUUUUCAUUUUAUUAUAAAGUAAAUAGAUGAAUGAAUACAUAAAUAAAUUACUAAUUGUCAUAAAUUGACACUGACAGCAACAGAAAGAUGAAUUAUGCAUUCAAAGGACUUUUAUUAAUGUUGCUUCCACAGAGGAAAAGACAGUGGAUGAAGUCAUCUAUGGAUGACUUCAAGAAACAGCAAAGAGAAAAGGUUUUCAUAACAAGCAAAGGAGUUCUUUUCAUGUUAAAUAGCAGAAUUUCCCAAGAACUCUGAGGAAAAUGCUUACUUAAAAGAUAGGUGUUCUUGGUUAAGGUCAUUUACUUCCCCAAAGUAAAUGAUGCCUGUGUAAAGUUUUAUAUUCUUUCACUAUAUUAUCUUGCUUGAGAACUGCCACACAUGAAAAUUUUUGGAACUCAAAAAUUAUUAUCUAUAUGCAUGACCAUUAUGUUUUCAUAUUUAUUAAUUAUUGUGACUGAAAUAGUUUUCUAUGGAAUGGAAACUACACAAUAAAGAAGUUCUUUCUU